CACUCUUUGGCUACAGAACGAGCAGCUGUCAAUGCACAGUGCAGAGUGUGAUGACAAGCUUUGUGGAAUGACUACGGCUUAAAAAUGCAGCUCAGUGACGACUUCUGUAGUUUACCACGUUGUCGAGUCAGUUCUCAAAACGUUCAAAUCUAUCGGUGAACAAGACAGCUCUUGAGACAAUUUCCUCUCAAGUGGGCUUUUUUUUGGUGUCCAUUGCUGUCGACUGAGUGUUGUCUGCUCUUCACUGUCCAUCCGACAGAACUAGUCCAGACAUGAGUAACGUCAAUCUGAUUUUUUGGGACCAGUUGCAGGCUGGCAGCUCCGAUGUGGACUGGUGUGAAGGCAAUUACCUCAUUUACCCCAGCAUCGCUGAAUUUUACAACACGAUAAGCAACAUUUUGUUUUUUGUUUUGCCGCCCAUAUUAAUGUGCUUGUUCCGCCAAUAUGCAACACAUUUCAACAGUGGAAUUUACCUCAUAUGGAUUCUACUGGUUGUGGUUGGUAUUGGAUCGACAUAUUUUCACGCCACGCUUAGCUUUCUUGGCCAGAUGCUGGACGAACUGGCCAUUUUAUGGGUGCUUAUGUGUGCCAUCGCCAUGUGGUUUCCCAAGAGAUACCUACCCAGGAUGUUCAGGAGGGAUCGGUCAAGGUUCAAAGUGGUCAUCGGCAUCUUGUCAGGAAUCACCACUGGAUUGGCCUUUGUGAAACCUGUCGUCAACUCAUUGUCACUCAUGACUCUGGGCAUCCCUUGCACCGUACUCCUCAUAACUGAGCUUAAAAGGUGUGAAAACCCACGUGUGUUCAAGUUGGGUCUGAUCUCAGGGAUCUGGUGGGCACUGGCUCUGCUUUGCUGGAUCAGUGAUCGGAUAUUCUGUGAGAUGUGGUCAUCUGUCAACUUUCCCUACUUACACUGUGCUUGGCACAUUCUCAUUUGUCUGGCUUCCUACUUGAGUUGCGUUUGCUUCGCCUACUUUGACGUUGCAACUGAGGCUCCGGAGCGUGGACCUGUCAUCAUGUUCUGGCCAAACGAGAAAUGGGCCUUCAUUGGUGUGCCCUACAUUUAUUUUCUCUGUGUUCAUCAGAAGUCCGCUGUCAAGGUUACUUAAGGGGACCCAAGUCUGCAACUCUGCUGGUCGUGCUUUAACAUUUCCUCUCCAAGAUGCACAACUUGUUGCAAUUAACAUGACGUGAAAAAAAGGGACUUUUCAAAGCGCACAGUAUCAAAGGCAAGAAACCUUUACAGUGUUCCAAACAUAAUCUCAGGCGUUACAUAUGAUAUCAUGUAAGUAUUAGUAUUAUGCAUUUCUGGCUUCUUUAAAAAGACGAUUUUGUACAUUUUAUAGUAACUUAAAGGAACCUCAUUAUAAAAGCAUUGUAUUACCUUUAUAAAAACAAGUAUAGCAUCUCAUAGGUGCAGUAUGGCCAACAUGAAAGUUGACAGAAAGAAACAAUACAGCACUGGAUCCAUUAACUGUGAUAAAUGAAUUAAAGCGUCAUAUUAUAAUGCUUAGCAGAUCUUACUAUACUCAAUGAAUCAACAAGCUGGUUCAUAAGAUGUUACAGAAGUGUUUCACACAAAGCCGUACGUGUUUUAAAUACAUAAUGGAUUCAGGCCGUUAGACCUGCCCCCUUUGUGGAAAAAAGUUCAUUUUAUUUCUAAUUAAUGUACACUCAGCACCCCAUCUUGACAGUAAAAAACAAAUGUAGAGAUUUUUGCAAAUGUAUUCAAAAAGAAAAACUGAAAUAUCACAUGGUCAUGAGUAUUCAGACCCGUUGCUCAGUAUUGAGUAUAAGCACCCUUUUGAGCUAGUACAGCCAUGAGUCUUCUUGGGAAUGGCGCAACAAGUUUUUCACACCCAGAUUUGGGAAUCCUCUGCCAUUCUUCCUUGCAGAGCCUCUCCAGUUCCGUCAGGUUGGAUGGUGAACGUUGGUUGGUGGACAGCCAUUUUCAGGUCCCUCCAGAGAUGCUCAAUUGGGUUUAGGUCAGGGCUCUGGCUGGGCCAGUCAAGAAUGGUCACAGAGUUGUUCCGAAGCCACUCCUUUGUUAUUUUAGCUGUGUGCUUAGGGUCAUUGUCUUGUUGGAAAGUAAGCCUUCGGCCCAGUCUGAGAUCCAAGGCACUCUGGAAGAGGUUUUCUUCCAGGAUAUCUCUGUAAUUGGCCACAUUCAUCUUUCCUUCAAUUGCAACCAGUCGUCCUGUCCCUGCAGCAGAAAAACACCCACAUAGCAUGAUGCUGCCACCACCAUGUGUCACUGUUGGGAUUGUAUUGGGCAGGUGAUGAGCAGUGCCUGGUUUUCUCCACACAUACCGCUUAGAAUUAAUGCCAAAAAGUUAAAUCUUGGUCUCAUCAUAGACCAGAGAAUCGUAUUUAUCAUAGUCUGGGAGUCCUUCAUAUGUUUUUUGGCAAACUCUAUUCAGGCUUUCAUAUGUCUUGCACUGAGGAGAGGCUUCCGUCGGGCCACUCUGCCAUAAAGCCCCGACUGUUGGAGGACUGCAGUGAUAGUUGACUUUGUGAAACUUUCUCCCAUCUCCCUACUGCAUCUCUGGAGCUCAGCCACAGUGAUCUUUGGGUUCUUCUUUACCUCUCUCACCAAAGCUCUUUUUUUCUACGAUUGCUCAGUUUGGCUGGACGGCCAGGUCUAGAAAGAUUUCUCGUCGUCCCAAAACUUCUUCCAUUUAAGGAUUAUGGAAGCCACUGUGCUCUUAGGAACCUUGAGUGCUGCAGAAAUUCUUUUGUAACCUUGGCCAGAUCUGUGCCUUGCCAAAAUUCUGUCUCUGAGCUCCGUGAGCAGUUCCUUCGACUUCAUGAUUCUCAUUUGCUCUGACAUGCCCAGUGAGCUGUACGGUCUUAUAUAGACAGGUGUGUGCCUUUCCUAAUCAAGUCCAAUCAGUUUAUUUAGACACAGCUGGACUCUAAUGUAGGACUAGACCCAGCUCAAGGAGGAUCAAAAGAAAUGGACAGCAUGUGAGUUAAAUAUGUGUGUCACAUCAAAGGGUCUGAAUAUGUAUGACCAUGUGAUACUUCAGUUUUUCUCUUUUAAUAAAUUUGCAAACAUUUCUACAUUUUUUGAUUUUAGCAAAUGGCUGCAAAGAAACAGUGAAAAAUGUAAAGGGGUCUGAAUACUUUCCAUACCCACUGUGUGUAUGUAUGUAUACAUAUAUUUAUAUUUAUGUAUAUAUUUAUUUAUAUGCAUAUUUAUAUAUGCAUAUAUAUAUAUAUGUGUAUAUAUAUUAGGGCUGUGAAACGAUUAAAAAUUGUAAUCAGGUUAAUCACAGGUUUCUGUGGAUUAAUCAUGAUUUACCGGUAUUCUCUGUAUAUUUUUGUGAGAACAUAAAAGACGGAUAUAUACAUUUCGGCGCGCGAGACGGAGAUCGGAGUAGUUAACAACGCGACACGUAGAGACAGAAUGACAUGCUGCUGGUUAGAGACGACCAACAACAGACGUAUUGGAAGCUCAUUCUGCGCAUGCCUUAAAUGCAUUUUUUUUUUAAACUAAUUAAUCCUGUAAUUUAAUCAUAACGCGUUAAUGCGUUAUUUUUCACAGCACUAAUAUAUAUAUAUUUAUGAAUGUAUGUAUAUAUAAAAACUAACAAUGUGAUGUACAGUUAUUUUCACAGGAAAAGCAUAUAAUUAGCAUAUUACUGAGUGAAUAGGUACCCUUUGAUAUUGAUAUUGGCCCAAACCCAAAGUAAAACAAAACAUGAAUGUGAAAUUAAAAUGUAUGGAAAUAAGAUUAAAUAUAAAACGAAAUAAUUAUAUAUUUUGCACAUUUAGAGUAAUGGAUGUGUUGGAUAACAAGGAAAUGAGGUUUAGAUUAUAGCAGAAGAAUUGUGGGACAGAUGAGGUUGUAUCACUUCAGACCUGAAACCUAGUGUUACUUGGUCUGUUUUCAUUUCACAUAAAUAAAUGGACAUUCUGUAUGUUGAAUAUAAAAGGAAAUACUGUUGGGUGUUAUACAGCUAAACACUAACCCUAAAACACAAGUUUCCCCAAAGAUUUUCACCACAAACCAUUGUUGUAAAUGUUCUACUGAUUUCUUACUCCCUUUCCUCUGCAAAGGCUUCUGGGAUGUCAACCUGCUAAAAUAUCAUGUGCACAUAUGUAGGGUCAAAUGAACAAUCAUGAUUUAGACAGUAAAACAAAUAAUAUUUUCAUGACCUGUUCAAGUAUUUUGUUAAAUUCCCCAAAAUAUAUAUAUUUUAAAGUGAUGUGCAGCCAAAUUCUAAGGGAAAAUGACUUUUGAUAUUUCUAUUACAACCUUUGUAUUUAAAUUUUAAAUAUAUAUAUUUUUUUGUAUCUUCAGGAGAAAAUUUGUGGACAGUAUUGACAAUGUGAACACAUAUUGUUGUAGUGCUCAUGCACACUUUCACUGUGCUGCAAAUGUUAUAGAAUCAUACAUCUGAUCCACGAUGGUACGAGUCACCCUCAGAUUAAGGAGUUAGUGUGAACAGGACAGCCUGUAAAAUGCUAUCCUCUGCAUUGUGAUGUAGACCUUGGCACGAGGUAUGAUUAUGAUCUCAUCACUUGAGUUGUGAAAUCUUUAUGGCCAUGUGUAUAUCAAUCUGUUUUCUUUCCCAGCAUUGACAAUGCAGACAAAAAAAUAUUUAUUUUCAGAAUUGAUCCUGUUUUGUAAAGAAAUAUUUGUAAUUUUUUUAUUUCAUGCAAUAAACCAAGCCAAUUAUAAAAAAU